GACGUGUUUAAUUCAAAAGUACCUAACUUCAAAUGCAUAAACUAUAUCAAAUCAGAUGUGAUCAAAUGUGAUAAACAGGAGUUUAUAUUACAACACCAAGCUAUCAACAGUGACAGUUAUCAAGGAUAAGAUAAUUGAAAAAAACGUCGUCCGUUUUUUCGGUCAGCUUUGUAAAUAGUGGUGAUUAUCUCUUACGAUUGAGUUGUAUCUGAACUGACAAAGAUAGAUAAUGUAAAAUACUAUAAUCGAAUUUAUACAUACAUAGUAUUGACACAGUGGGAUUUAUUUCGUCGCAAGUAUAUACUGUGCGCGUAAAGACGGAGUUUGAUCGAUUGUUUGUUUAGAUAACGAAAUUCAACUAUAUUGCGUAGAAAUCUCACCAUUAGUUCUUUGGAAGCCUCAGUAUUGUUACGCAACUAGUGAACAUUAUCAAAAUAAUGGAGAAACCAAUUUCAUCAGACAUAGUCAUCAUUGCAGGGAAUUCUCAUCCAGAGCUUGCCAAUCUGAUCGCAAAUCGUUUAGGGGUGAAACCUGGUGGAUGUGCUGUGUAUCACAAAACGAAUCGUGAGACAAUGGUGGAGAUAGGAGAUUCCGUACGUGGCAAAGACUUGUUUUUGAUCCAAACUGGUACAAAGGAUGUAAAUAAUAAUAUAAUGGAACUUCUCAUCAUGGCCUAUGCCUGUAAAACAUCAUCAGCCAAAAACAUUGUUGGAGUAAUUCCAUAUCUACCUUAUUCCAAGCAGUGCAAAAUGCGCAAGCGUGGCUGCAUAGUAUCCAAGCUUUUAGCAAAAAUGCUGUGUACAAGCGGCCUAACUCACAUUAUCACCAUGGAUCUCCAUCAAAAGGAAAUUCAAGGAUUUUUUGAUGUUCCUGUGGAUAAUCUGAGAGCUAGCCCAUUCCUGUUGCAGUACAUUCAAGAAUCCAUUCCUGACUAUCAUAAUUCUGUGAUCGUUGCAAGAAAUCCAGGUAGCGCAAAGAAAGCGACUAGUUAUGCAGAGAGACUGCGUCUGGGAAUCGCGGUGAUUCAUGGAGAACAGAGAGAGGCCGAAUCCGACAUGAAUGAUGGUCGCUAUUCGCCACCCGCGCUGGCGUUAGCCUCGCGCACUAUGGAUGUUGGCGUAGGUGUACCUUUACAUCCAGCGAAAGAAAAGCCGCCUAUAAGUGUUGUCGGAGAUGUCGGAGGACGUAUUGCUAUUAUGGUGGAUGACAUGAUAGAUGAUGUACAAUCGUACGUAGCAGCUGCCGAAGUGCUUAAAGAAAGAGGAGCUUAUAAAAUAUAUGUCUUAGCUACACAUGGCUUGCUCAGCUCAGAUGCACCUAGGCUCAUUGAAGAGUCUCCGAUCGAUGAGGUAGUUGUAACUAAUACGGUUCCUCACGACGUGCAGAAGAUGCAAUGCCCAAAAAUCAAGACUGUUGACAUUAGUGUUCUUUUAGCAGAGGCGAUCCGACGUAUACACAAUAAAGAAUCGAUGUCCUAUCUAUUUAAAAAUGUAACUUUGGAGGAUUAGAAAUUAAAAGCAAUCGCGCAUCAAAAGUUACAUUUUAAUUAUGAAUAAAUGACAAUUGAAAGUCACAUAAAUGUCGAUGCCGGGGACCAUGUCCAGAAUACAUAUCCAUCUUUUAAUUUUCUACACUAUUUUUAUAUUUCCCCAACUUAAAACAACAGUGAACGUAUAAACUAGUCCCUUGUGUUUAUUAGUGAUAAUAAUCGGCCGAAUAUUUUAAAUAUAUUUUUUUGUAGUCAUUUUUCCUCUUCAUAAUCUAUAAUCUAUAAUCAUAGGUUGUAUAAAAAACCCAACUAUGAGUAUAGUCGCGGAGAUAUAGUCGUUGCAGUAUUAGAUACUGUAACACAUUUUAGGAUCCUGUAAAAUUGCAUAUAUAGAUGUGUAUGCUAUGCUUACCAGUGAUCUAGUGUUAGUUUUAAUACUGUAUGAUUAUAUAUAAAGUCACUGUAUUUUAGAUCAAGACAUAAUAAAUAUAUUUCAAGAUAUAA